AUGACUGAGUUCAUGGGACAGAAGAUUCCAGUCUGUUACGCCUCAUGUUCGAUAGGACAUGACGAAUCAAAGCACACGCUGCCGGCAAAGCUCAAAGCCAUCGCCAAAGCUGGGUUCAAUGCAAUCGAACUCUCCAUGCCCGACAUUCUGACAUAUGGUCAACAAAUCUCGAAAACCAAAUCAGAAAUCGAUCCCAAAGACUAUGCAACACUUCGACCCGUGGGACAAGAAAUAAGAAAGCUGUGCGAGAAACAUGGCUUGAAGGUCCUUAUUUUGCAACCGUUUGCCAACUUCGAAGGGUGGCCCAAGGGGAGCGAGGAAAGGAAGGAUGCCUUUGAGCGAGCGAAGGGCUGGAUGUCGAUAAUGGACGCCGUCGGGACAGAUAUGCUGCAGAUUGGGUCGUCCGACGCCGAAGGGAUUUCGUCCAGUUUCGAUGACAUGGCAUCUGACUUGGCGGAACUGGCAGAUAUCUUUGCGGAAAAAGGCUUCAAAAUCGCAUACGAGAAUUGGUGUUGGGCAACUUACGCUCCCACUUGGAAGGACGUCUGGGACAUCGUCAAGAGAGCUGACAGACCAAACAUUGGUUUAUGCCUGGAUACUUUCCAGAGCGCUGGGGGAGAAUGGGGAAGUCCGACCACGAAAUCUGGGUUGAUUGAGGACGUGGAUAAAAGUGAGCUGGACAAGAGGUGGAAGGCCAGUUGUGAAGAACUCUCCCGAACCAUUCCGCCAGAGAAAAUCUUCUUUUUGCAGAUUUCCGAUGCAUACAAGGUAGAGCCACCUCUGGAAGACAAGCCGGAUGAGAGUGGAUUAAGACCUCGAGGUCAAUGGAGCCAUGACUAUCGCCCCAUCCCAUACGACGGCGGAUAUUUGCCCAUCGAGGACUUCACCCGGGCAGUCUUCCAAACGGGCUUCAGGAGUUGGGUCUCGGUCGAAGUGUUUGAUGCCAAAGGGCCGGAAAAGUAUGGAGACGACAUGGGGCCUUUCGCAAAGAAAGCAUUCAGUUCGUUGCAGAAACUUUUCAAGGCAGCUGAGGCAACAGGUUGA